UACCCCAGUAUAGUUACAGAUAUUAAAUAACAAAUCACCUGGGGACUGAAGUUUAUUAGAAACUCAUUAUCCAAAAAUGGCGGAAAGUCCAGAUUUGACAAAGAAAGAUGGCUCAGAGGUUGAAGUCGGUGAGGAAGAAUCGGAUGGUCAAAAAUCUCCCUCAGGUCGACGGAAAAAAGUGAAAAAAGUCUCCCAAGUGAAAUCUAAAAAACAGGGAGAGAAGAGAUUUGAUUGGCCGAAAAAGAGUUUCUUUGAAAUUGUGUGUCUAGAGGGAAAUCAAAUGAAAAAUCUUGUACACAGAGUCAUAUUUAUUGGGAAGAUGAAGGAGGGAGCAGAUAGGACUGAAGUUGGCAAUUAUCAUGAACAACUUCUGAAAAACCUCCAGAACACCAACCAAACAGAGCCAAUCACAGGCCUUCUUCUUGUCUACAUGAAACACAUAGUUCAUGUAAUGGAGUGUUCAGCAGAUGCAAUUAUGGCCAUGGUGAGAGAUUUGAAACAAAGCAAGGGCUCUGAGAAAGGAUUCUUGGAGAAUGCCAAGAUUUUAGUGAUAUCUCAUGACAUACAGAAUAGAUUAUAUCAACAGUGGAGUUUUAGACAGUUGGACAUUGUAGCCGCUCGCCUUGAGAGUCAGGAUUCUAAUGAGUCUACUGACAAAGUCGUGAUUGACCUAGUUACUCAACUUCUAAAACUUGGCAAUGCUCUUGCAAAGACACCCAAGUUGAACCUGAAAAAUGUAAUGGAUUCUUUACAUGAAAAACUUCCAGACCUUUUACCACAACAAGGUGUUCUACAUUACCUGAUGGAAGAUGAGGACCCCUGCAUGAUUUCUCUGGAGGAGUAUAUUGAGCUAGAGGAACACCCAUAUGAUGUUGUUCUUGAAAGUGCACCCCCACACUUGGACAUAACUUAGUAUAGAUACUGAGCUGGUGUGGCCUCUACCCACAAGACUGUUCCCUUACAACUAGACCUUCGAAUUCAUGAAGUUAUUUGACAUUUCUCCAGCGAUUGCAAUAUAGGUGAUGAUAAUUGACAACAAAUGGGACUGGACUACUAAAUCUCAUUGUUACUGUAUAUAAAUACAUAAGUUAUACAUGUCUUUAUUUAUGACAAUAAAUAUUCACUAAAAUAUUAGUA